UAACCCACUUUCUUUUACACUCCUUCACUUACUUUCUUUCCAUCAAAUUCCAUCCCGCAAUCAUCAACAGAUUGAUUCCACAUACUUCGGACAUCCAAACAACCUUCUAGGAACAUAAUCACGUGUGUAACACUUGGUACCCUCGUUCUGCUUGAUCAUCGCUUGAUGAUUCUGUCCAUGUUCAUCAAAAGGACAGCAGAAUCAACACAAUCCAUCAACAGCUCAUCACCUGUUGAGUGAUUCAUCAAGCAAACCAUCCCAAACAUCAAGUUACCACCCUUGUUAUCAUUAUAAAUUCAAUCCACACGCCAAAAUGUCAGGAAACGCUUCACCUGGCACAAGUCACUCACCAACGUAUUAUUACUUCAAUACCACAAUGGCACCAUUCGAAACCAAGAUGAAUUCCCUUCAACGAGGACCAAAAUCUAUCUUGACCAAUGCCACCGACAAUGAUCGAAGGUCACCUGUUCCCGGACAGAAAUUUGUUCACUUCGCUCCUAGAGCUAUUGACAACGAAAACAAUGAAUUCAAGACGAAAACGAAUAAUGAAAAACAGAAGAAAGAUGCCACCGCCUUCAAUAUUACCAGUAAUUCGAAGAGAAACCGAUUUCUUUCAUCGUCGGAACUGAAUAAGGCAGGUUCGUCCCGCACCGCCCUCGGCUCGACCCAAAUUAAAUCACCCCAUCGCGCGAUCCGAGAGAAACCAAGUGAACGACGUAGCAGAAUGAAAGUUGAGAUCGAGAAUAGUACUUCAUCCCAAGGUCGUCAAUUUAAGCUUCUUGCACCCAAUACUGCAGCUCAAUACAUUCCUCGCGUCCCGAGCCCUCCAAUGAACCGAGGUCCACCAGCAACACCCCGCCCUGCGCGAUUGCCUACACCCGAUCUUGAGAAUCCUCGAGAUUAUCCCCUCAAUUUCUGUGACUGUCUCAGAUGCUAUGAGGCUGGGAUGUUAGGGCGUGAUGUUGAGAGCAGGAGAGAGGUAUUGGCUUCUUCGAAGAUGGAAAAUCAAUGUGAGAUAUUUCCUCGGACGAGACUAUCAAGAGCUGACUCGCGUAGAUCAGGCCGCAACUGCCUACAUAAGAGAUAGGAGACCAGUAGUAAGAGAGCAAGGGCUAGGCCUUAUUGUCGUGCCCAGAGAGGAUUCUCACACAUGCAACUUAAUGGGCUUAGGGUACCCUCGAAACGUUGCCAUCAAUGCCUUAGAAGCGUAUGGAUACAAUUUUGAGGAGGUAGAUACCCCGGUCCGACACCGAUGUCGUUACUGAUUUUCGAGAAUAGGCAACCGUGUUCCUGGAAUAUGAUUAUUGAACUCGUGUGUUGGACGACUGAAACAUCAUUUUAUUUCUAGCUUCGUUGUCCAAACAAUCGGAUAUUUCUUAAGAGCGGGUUUGCUUCGGGAUCGUGCAUGGUGUGGCUCGUAUGCGUGAUAUUAUUUUAUCUAUCUUGAAAACAACUUCAUCUUCCUUGCAGCAGCAUAAUUCCCUAGCCUUACUUCGUGAAUGUUGAAAAGUGAUUCUUUCUCCCAGUGAAAUUCGAAUACCGGCACAGUCUUGUACAACAAAGCCAUCAUUGAAUAUGCGAAGGAUAGAAUGCAACGAUACGAUCCAGUGAAGCGAAUAGGACAGUUUCAAAGCCAUCCUUCGUUCAUGGUAACUAUUUAAUCUUCAUCCCUUUGGUUGUAUUUGGUUUAUUCCGGGAGUCGUGUUCGAACGGUCGAUAAUCCAUCUGCGAACAAAUAUUGGCAUCGCAUUUGACAUUUUCGCAGGUGUCAGAAUGCGCCGAACGGGCAGUACAUCCAGCUUCACAUCCACCUUUCAGACGAUAUUGUAGACGGCAACGUUUCUUUCACUCGCCCGACCGGGUAUUCGCUCAUUAUAUCAACCUCCCAAACAUCCUUUCGAAGUAAGACAAGUC